CUGUGAGCCUGUAGGAACUAGGAAGGUAGUGUGCAACUGUGCAUGAUAUCGCUGUUUUUCCCCCGAUUGACAUCUCGUCCUCUUCAAGCUGCCUCUCCCGUGAACUCUCCUCUUCUCGUGCUCCCGUUUUCUCCUUUUCUUCCUCUCUUUUAUAUCCUGGGAGUUCCGGAGACACUUUUUGCUUGUUUUGUGUAAGGAUCAUCAAUGGCAGCAGAACAUGGCACUUUGGCAGAUCCUACUAGCUCAACAUUUUCUUUAAUCGAUGAGGAUCAUACGCUUGCAAAUUCUGUCAGAUUCACCCUGAAUCAAGAUCCAAGAGUAUCCUUCUGUGGUUACAGCAUCCCUCAUCCUUCGGAUGCUAAAGUCAAUAUCAGAGUGCAGACAACAGGUGAUCCAGCAAGAGAGGUAAUGCAAGAUGCAUGUCAAGAUUUGAUGCUUAUAUGCCAGCAUGUGAGGAGCACUUUCGAUGAGGCUGUUGCUGAUUUUAAAAUGAGCCAGCCCAUGGAGACAAUGGAAAUCAAAUGAAAUAGAUGAAUUCCGAUUCCCUAAUGUUGAAUGUGGUUGAAGACAGUGAUGAUAUCACAUAUUUCGAUUUUAUUCAGAAAGUCGAAAAUUAUUCUGCUUUUGUCUUAAAUUAAAAGCCUUUAAUAUAACAACUGUUAUUGUCUCUCAA